AGACCCCCGGGGACAGUGAAGCGGAGGGACUCUGUUCACACUGAGGAAUUGUAGAAGAAUGGACUCCCGUAAUUCCGCUCACUUAUUCUGCUCCAAUUUAUUCUAAAUGGAAAGUUCCAUUGAACUUAACCCCUUAAGGACCAGGUUAUGGAGGCAGCCACAGCCCGGGUGGUGGCUCUGGUGGACAUGGAUUGCUUCUAUGUGCAGGUGGAGCAGAGGCUGCGACCUGAGUUGAGGAAAAAGCCUGUGGUGGUGGCGCAGUACAAGACCUGGAAAGGAGGCGGGAUUAUCGCCGUCAGCUAUGAGGCUCGAGCUUUCGGGGUCUCUCGGAACAUGUUUGCCAAUGAUGCUAAGAAGCUGUGUGCGGAUUUACAGAUCGCCCGCGUCAGAGAGGCCCAUGGGAAGGCUGACCUAUCAAAGUAUCGAGAGGCGAGUGUGGAGGUUAUGGAGAUCAUGUCCCGAUUUGCGGUGGUGGAGAGAGCGAGCAUCGACGAGGUUUACAUUGACCUGAGUGACUCUGUACGGAAACGGAUACAAGAGAUGGCAGGACGGAUAAUACCAGAGGAGGCGCUGAAGAGCACCUUUGUGCAUGGCUAUCCACAUCUCCAGCCCACGGAGGAGCAGAACACGACAAAAGAGGAUCUCCGGCGUCUGGGGGUGCAGCACUGGUUGGAUUCCCUGCACUUUGGAGACCUGCGCAGCCCGGAACUUCAGCUGACAGUGGGCGCCAUUAUUGUAGAGGAGAUGAGAGCGGCCGUGGAGGAGGAGACCACGUUCCAAUGCUCGGCUGGGAUCUCUCACAAUAAAAUUCUGGCGAAGCUGUCGUGUGGACUGAACAAACCGAACCGCCAGACCAUCCUGCCCCAGAGCAGUGUCCCCGCGCUCUUCAGUCAGCUCCCCAUCGGGAAGAUGUAAGUCCUCAGGGGUGUA